CACACACACACACACACACACACACACACACAGAGAGAGAGAGUAGAAGUAGACACACAGAGAGAGACGGAGCUCAGAGGGUGAGAUGGAGCCGCGGUUAGAGAAGCGCGAUCCGGUCUCCCUGAAGCGGCUCUGCUGAACCGUGGCACCGGAGAACCGACCCGGGAGCCCCGGUAAUGGCCGAUCCUCUGCGGCGGACUCUGCUAGCCAAACUCCGUGGGAAGAAACCCAAGAAAGGCUCGCUGUCGGCCGACUGGAACAACGAAGAAGGUAAAGAGAAAGUUCAGCGAGCGAAGCUGGAUUACGUGCCGAACGCCAUGAGAGGUAAGCAGGGCUGUGUGUACGGGGGGUUCGAGCGCACUGUGCACGUACACGCCGGUCGGGGGGGCGAUCAGAGCUGCGGACACGGGGGGCAGAACGCACACAAGCUCUCGGGGGUCUCCGGUCAUAAGCACCAGCUGCUCUUUACGAACGGAACGGGCAAGCAGCCGGUCGCAGUUCGGCGGAGACUCACCGAGGGAGACUCCAUAGGGUUCGGGAACUGCAGCGAGGUUCCCUUUGUGCAUGUGAUGGAUUCUGUUAAAAAUGCGCACUGCCGAGAGCCUGAUUUCAAGCCAAAGCAUGUGGAGGUGGAACGAUGCCUGAUCACUGGAAGACCAGAACCUGGCGGAACCCAAAUGGACCGUCCGGAUCCACCUUCCCAGUGUCUCCAUUCAGAACAUGUUAAUGAGCACGACUUGAUCCAGACUAUUGAAAGUUCUUUAGAGCUUUGUGAAGAUUUCUGCAUGCCUCCUUUGCAGAGUCCGACUUUUUUCCCCACAGAGCUGGAGAUAGUAGAUGCUGACUUGGCUCCUCGAAUGGUGUGUGGAAGAGACGGAAUGAACUGCCACAAUUCCAUAGACAGUGAGGACGAUGACUAUUAUGAUAACGAAAUUCUGCCAUUUUACGAUUCUGGCUUCAGGAGCAACGAGUCAAAAGAAAGUGAAGGACUGUUGAGAACUUCUUUUCACCCUCUACAGUCUGAGUCAUACCAGAUUGUUGACUCCAGCACUCAGGAAACAGACCGACUCAGGAGUCAACUCAAAGAAGCGUACUACCUUCUGAUCAACGCCAUGGAUGGCAUCGCGUUUGAUGGACAGGUGCAGACAAAUGGCUAUGUGGAGCAAAGCAGCAUCUCAAGUCAGUCUCGUGAUAGCCUCAGCAUAAGUUCUGAUUCUUCCACAAGGCUCUCCAGGUCUUCUGGAGAACACGGUGGCCACCACUGGAGUCCUGCAAAAAGCAAUGCUGCAAACUGUGGGAGUUCUCAGAGGAGCAAAAGUUUGCAGAAUCUUCUCUUGGUCCAAGGGAGACCUAUUCUGCAGCGGUCCAUGAGUGAUGAUGGCGUACAGUAUCCUUUGAAGGAAAAACAAGGUGAGCUGCACACAGAAAACAGGAGCCUCGCUAAAACCGUGCCUGUCCAUACACCUCCAUUCUCAAAUUGUGAAAACCUGGAAUUGGAGACAGCAGCUACGGAAGCCAUGAUUACAGAGCACACAGAGGAGGAGAACAUUAAUCACCAGGAUCCUUCUGAUAGACUUCCUCCCAGAACAUCUGACCCAUUGUGCUCACAGCAGAUGACUCUUAUCAGGCAUGUAGGUGUGAGUGCAGGAAAGCCUCCUGGGGUCACCGUUAACAAGAUGCAGGAGUGGAUGCACAAAGGCCGCUUGCUUUCUUCAGAGAUGAGGCAAAGAAUCGCUGGAUCCUCCUCACAUGGCGUGGCUCAGGAGCACCAUGGACAUGAGGGCCAAGCCUGGACCAAACUCUUCAACCAGGUCAACAGUGUAAACGGAGAAAAAACAGGACUCUUGGUGAAAUCUUCGAGUGGACAUCACCCAGUACCUGUGAUGGACACCCGAGACUCCUGCACUCGUUCAGUUCCCCUGAACUCCAUCACUGUCUCCAAGAAGCGUAACUGGCUGAAUCAGAGCUCCACACGGCCCUUGCCACUCUCUGACGAGGACGACCACACGAACCCUCCACAAAUACACGCUCACGCAACCCGAGUCCCUGCUUCCGACCCUGCAGAGGAAAACGACGCCGACGACGAGGGUGAAAUCUGGUAUAACCCCAUUCCUGAGGACGAGGAAGUCGAGCUCCAUCGCAGAAUUAAUGGGGCAAGAAUGCCGAGGCGAACGAGUGGUGGGGAAGUGGGCAGAGCCUCCGCUAUUUCCAAGGAUUCUGGGAACUUGAAUGCCAGUCAUUCCAGCGAGCAGAAACAUGUGUACAGACAGAUGUGCAGAUCACAGGAUGAGAAACCCACCGUAAAGCAUACAGCUACAGAAUCGCCCGAGCAAAGUGUAACGGGCUUCUCCCCCCCCUCCAGUCCGAACCCGGCUAAGAAGAGCUGCUCGAUCAACUGGUCCUUCCCAGAGCGCAUCAAAUCCCCACGUACUGUUCGCAAACUUUCAAUAAAGAUGAAGAAGCUUCCGGAACUCAGCAGGAAGCUGAGUGUUAAAGGGAACCCGACUAAUGGGCCGACAGAGACCAGGAACCACUUGCUGAGUGCCAACAGUCCUGCUGAUCUGGCCUCAGGGGGCGUGUCAACGGCGUCCACGAGUGGCAACGUGAUCUGGCGGUAUCACCUGGACAGCAGCGUGUGCACACAGCAGAAGAAGAGCAGUGGAUUAGGAGCUCCUAAAUCAGCCAUUAAGGGCGGCUACUUGAGCGACGGGGACUCACCGGAACUCGUCGCCAAAUCGGCUAAGCAUGGCUCGUGUUCGAAAUCUCUCCCGAAAACACAGGAAAAGGAUUCCUUUUUAAAUUCUGGCAUCUCCAGACUGGCUGAUGUGGCUUCUUUCCGUCCGUACAGUUUACCAGAACAGACAAAGUGCAUGUCGUCACCGCCCGUGUCAGGCCUGUUGAGCGUGCACUUGUGUGGCGCCGAGGGUCUAAAAGCACCGCGAAGCGACGAAUCGCGCCACGUCUACUGCGCUAUUCAAGUAGACGAGACGAAGAGAGCCCGCACGGCCCUACUCCCCUGCCGUGCCGACUUCCUCGCCAUGGACCACACUUUCCAGCUGGAGCUGGAGGAAGCUCAGAGGCUCCGCCUGGUCCUCUUCGGUUGUGAGGCGACAGCGGCGCCGACGAGGCAGCGAGUGUGUUGUCACGGAGCGGUUGCACUGGCGCCGCUCUUCAGGUCACAGAAUGCCGCCCGCACACACCGGCUCGCCGUGCGCCUCGAGCCACGCGGAGUCAUCUACGUCAAACUGGGACUGACGGAAAGGCGGCAGAGCUUAACAGAAGGGAACGAAUUGGAGAAGGAACGAGAGAGGGAGGUUUUCGGAGUGGACGCGGCACGUGUGGUGGAGCGCGAGGCUGCCGGGCUCAUGGUGCCGCUCAUCAUCGAGAAGUGCAUUGGUGAGAUCGAGCGGAGAGGAUGCCAGGUCGUGGGAUUGUAUCGGUUGUGUGGCUCAGCUGCGGUCAAGAAGGAGCUCAGGGAGGCGUUUGAGAAAGACAGUCAUGCUGUAGAGCUGUCUGAGAGCAAGUACCCUGACAUCAACGUCAUCACAGGUGUUCUUAAAGAUUACCUGAGAGAGCUCCCUCAUCCUCUCAUCUCAAAGCCUCUGUACGAGGCGGUGCUUGACGCCAUGUCCAAGCGUCCUUUGAUGAUGGGAAACGGUGGCUGUGAGAACGACCCGCUGGACUCGGACCACACCUCGGGUCUGCUCGAGACGCUGCCGCAGGUUGAGAAGAUUACUCUGAGGAAACUUCUGGACCACCUGAAGCGUGUCGCGUCCCAUCACGAGGUGAACAAGAUGACAUGUCAGAACCUGGCCGUGUGUUUCGGACCUGUGCUGCUCAGUCAGAGACAGGAUGCUUCGAGUCUCGCAAACCGAGUGUUCAUGGACUCGGAGGAGCUAGCCAGUGCGCUGCACUUUAAAAAGCACAUCGAGGUUCUGCACUAUCUGCUGCAGCUGUGGCCAGUUGCGGACGUCCAGAGUAAACCUUCUUCUCCUGCCAUGGAAGCCCCCGCCCCGGUGAGGAGAAGAAAAGAGCGCCCUCAGGUGUUAAACCUGAGCAACGCUGAGAUCGUGGGAGUUCUGCGUCCCCGUCCUGGACGCCUGGACAGCCCGAGCAACCGCUACGCUGGAGACUGGAGUGACUGCAAGGAGACGUACUUGCAUCGGAUGUGUCCCGAGGAGGAAGAGGAAGCCGACUAUGCCGACGUGCCCGGCGAAGACGAGAUGGACGAGGGUAAGGACAAAGAACGAAGAGGAGAUGAUGAAUCACAAGAAAGCAGAAAAAAUAUACAAAUAGAAGUGGAGAAGGAGCAAAAGAGCGAUGUUCAAGAAGAUGUUCUUGUUGGAGAAGGACAGGACAUCGAGGACACACCAGUGUUAACGUCGUACGAUCGGAUGCUAGUAGAAGGAGAAGAGCACCGCAUUAAGGAGCACACGUAUCAGGCAUUCAUGAAGAUCCAGGAGAUCAGCCCUGUCCUGAGCAACAGGGUGAACCUGCGAGAUCUUCAGGAGAGCAUCGACACGCUCAUCGGCAACCUGGAGCGAGAGCUGAACAAGAACAAGCUGAACGUCGGCUACUAAAACGCUAAACAAUCCGCGAUGAUCUUCAUGAUUCUGUCUUUCAAACCUCGCACUUCAGCUCUCACACUACAGACUGCAGACAUUCCAUACGGUUAAACAUCUGACUAAGUCUCAGAGUUUUUUUCUUGGGUUUCUCGUCCUCUAGCUCGCUUUCUUACAUUUGUUUAUUAUCGUUGUUCAUUUCUUCUUAUUAGAAGAAUCCGUUAAGCCCUGAGGGGUGAGCCAGGUGCCUUAAUUGUGUAAAGGUGGUACUCACCGCUGUGGUGGACUUUUUUGUUAUUAUUAAUAAUUGUAUUAUUUCUAUGGAGGUACAGAUAAAUAUUGUAAACCAAUGCACUUACGAAGCCAGCUUUUAGAGGCAGAGACGAGGAUUCAGGUCAUCAGUACAGGCAUGAAAUAGAGUUAGAGGAGUAGAUCAUGGUGUUAAACCUUAAACACGCCAAUAUCCUUUACCACAAACCGGAAACCCCCCCAAAAAUAAACCCAAACCAUCCGAACACUAAAAAAAACUGCAUCAAAACUCAAACGCUACCUGAAAUCUGUACACAUCCUGACAUGCUUGCCAUUCCAUGGGAGCUCUAAAAUCCAGAAAAACUUCAGCCCACAACAAUCUAGAAAUCACAUCCCACAACACUGAAAGUUUCAGUUUACUCUCCAUAGUAUGGGGCUUAUGCUAAACUCUGACCUGCUAAUCGCUAAUGUAAAACCUCCUACCUUGUUUUAUAUAUAUAUAAAGAAAGUAUUGGUUGAAAUUAGGUCUAAGUUAAUUCGCUCAACAACACACUCAUCUUGCUAGCUAUGUAAAUGCAAGCCUGUGCUAGUCACUAAAUAUUAGGUAACAUGUCUCCAGAAGAAGCUACUGUACAUACAGCACGCUCACGAGUUCUGUCAAGCUAAUAAACCUUUGAUUAACCAUCAUGCAUGCUAGCAUACACUUAGCUAACGUUAGGCUGUUCUGUAUUAACCAGCAUGCAUGCUAGCAUACACUUAGCUAACGUUAAGCUGUUCUGUAAAUAAAACCAGGAGCCAAUUACGUAGCACAUUGGCUAAUGUUAGCAAAAGUACAGUGGUGAUGUCAUCAGCACGUUCACCCCGAACGCUCUCUGAUCGGUUAUUCCGGAGACGUGCGAGUGCGAGUUUGUUUUCCGCGUAAUAACGGAAGCAUGCGCUUACGUCGUUCAUGUUAUUUAAAAAAAAAGUAGCAUUGUGCUAAGAGAAUUGUUAGAAGUGUCACUGAAGCCUGAUUUUUCUCAGUCUGCUAAUUAUUUUUGAAUCCUACAUCACGUUGGGAAAAUCAAUAAAACACAGCUGGUCGUGUGUUUGCUAACGACAGGUACGUGUGGAACACAGGUUCUCCAGAGUCCAGGGAAACGCUUCUGUCAGUAUUUAUCAGAUACGAGUGUAAAUAGAAUCACUGCUUAUAUUUUUGACAGCUUACAUGUUCGUGUGUCUGUAUUUAUAUGUCUCACGGUUGCCUUGUAGCAUUCAGGCUUAAAAAUAAGAAAUGUUUAUUAAAUAAGAUGUUUUUUUUUUCUUUUUUAUUUUAAUUUGCGUGUGCAGGACGAUUCGAAGCAGCUCUAGCGGUAAGUUACGAAGAGGUUUUGUUCACACACUAGUUUAUUGAACGCUGCAUGGUCAAAAGCUUUAAAGUCCUGAAUUCACAUCUGCUUCAUUUGUCUGUAUUUAUGUGUGUAAAUAGAGAGGAUUAUAAAGAGGCUCACAUGGUUUUUGCUGCGUGUUUUGCUUUUAUGUUUGGCAGCUGCACACACGGUUGUGAACUUAUCGUCGUGUAUUGACGCUUAUACGAACACGGCAGUGUCGAGGCGCGUGUUAAAGGUCAUGGCAGAAAGGUCAAGGUUUGUGUUAGUAAUGAUUCUGAGGUCACUUUCACGCCUGUUAUUCCGAAUCAGAGUGAAAUCAGAGGAUUUUCAGAGCCUGGAUCAGUUGAUUCCCUCAAACACACACAAGACAGCAUGCUAGUGUGAACGCAGACUAGCGUUGCUCAGUUAAAGGUGAGGUCUCUGAUUUUUGAAAGCCAAUAUCGACAUUUGAAAUCACCAAAACAAACACGCCCCUAACCCAAAUAGGUCCCACCCCUGUAUCGAUAGCUCCGCCCACACAUACAUACGUAACCUAGGCGACCAACAGAAAUAAACGUGUCUUUAUCAUAGCUGAAGGGAAGAACAAUACGAUUGUAGAUAAACAAACAAGCAAAAAUGACACACAAGCAUAAUCAUGUAAAGGACAAAGGCAUAUAUAUGCCUUUCUUCUCUUUCUUUCUUUGUUUUUAUCCUCCAUGUCAAUGUUAAAACUGCUUUCUGCUAAUGUCACACAUGCGCACUGAAAACUCUCUCCGCCCAUAUCGACAAGCCCCGCCCCUUUCUGCUCAUUGGCUACACGUUUGUUUUGAUUUUUGUUUAUUAUUCGGCCCGACUCAGUUUUCUGAAGCAUUUCUCAAAAAUCGGAGACCGCACCUUUAAAACCAGUUUUGUUUGUACCACAAUGUGAACGCCAGCUUUAUGAGCUGGAAACUGAUGUUGUACUCUGGCAUUAUUUUGCUGACAAAAGUCUAAAUGCGCAUUUUUUCUCUCAGAUUAAACAGAUUCUCACAAACGCUCCACUUUCGCCAGUAAAAUAACGCCGUACAGCUCCGUAAGCACUGAUCUGUGAUCAGGUUUUUAUUUCGAGUUCUGUCCUCUAUUGUACAGAGGAUGAGUUUAAAACUGAUCCUGGGUCAGGGAUUAAGGCUUAAAAAGGUACUGGAUUAAAUGUACAGUGUGAACUGCUCGUUUUAUUGUGAAAACAUUCCUUAAGUCUCACCUUGGAAAUAGUGUACCGUAUUCUAGGAUGUGUUUUGUUUUGUUUGGUCUCGUCAUCGGACAACCGUAAUACGAUGAAACUGUCACUAAUCAGAUAAACUUUGUACUGAUACUGUAAAAAUAUACGGACGUAAUAAAGUAUAUAUUUCAUAUCGGA